AUGGUCCCGGCGCUGCUGACCAACCACACGGCCGUCGCCGCCGGAUGCCCGAGUUACCAGCAUCCUGACCGGCGGUUCAACGGAGGAAAGAGGUCGCGGAGCCGGGUGAGGUGCUGCUCGUCGCCUCCGGCGGCAGCACCGCCUCUACCUCUUCAGUCGAGCAAGCUCAUGAGCAGGAGAGCCGCGGCCGCAGCGCUCAUCGUCUUCCAUUACUACUUCUCCUCCGUCAGCCGUUGGCUCCUCUAUCUUUCUUCAUAGUGCUACGGAAUGGCGGAUGAUUUCGGAAGCCGAUUGGUGAUUUAUGGCCUAUUUUUCCUGCAGGUGCCGAUGCCGGUAGUCCCUUCGACAAGUACGUAAAGAGGUGAGGUUUUUCUCCUCCUUAUGCAACGAAUAAAGAAAUUUUUUUGAAUGUGUUGGUUGUACAAUUGUUCGCCCCCUCGCUUUUCUUCUAAAUAUUGUGGUAUUGGUUUAAUAUAGCGUCAGUGGGUGUUUUAAUAGGCUGCGUGAAUCAUACCCAGCUUGGAAAAGCGUUUUCCUCACUCAAAGCUUGCUCAUAUGAAAAAUCAAUAUGGCAUCUUAAAGUCCCUGAUAUUGACAUUAUAAGUUCUCAUCGAUUUACUUCUCCUCGCAUGCCCAGCUACAUAGGCUAUUGGCCACUAGAAAUUCAAAAUCCAAUGCAUGCAUUUUUUUUCUCUUUUACAUGAAUGUUGGCGUUUAUAUUAACGGGUGGGUGUGCACACAAUAAUGUAAUAUUCACUGCCUAAUCUUUUCCUGAACAGUGAUGAUUUAUUGUCUUCUUCCUUCCAUUUUCCUGUAAACAAUGUUGCAUUUUUUGGGUACCUUUUGAUUGAUUUUGAGUAGAUUUUUUUAAUUCAAAUAACUCAAUUUUUUAUUAUCAAACUGAGUCGAAUCCCCUGCUCUGAUGCGAUUAGCUUGUAAGCUCUCUUAAUAUGGACCACAGUAUGUCUAGUUGAAUUCACGUUUCCUAGCUUUUUGAUGAGUUCUAGUGCAUCAUCAUGAGAAGCCAGUAAUUUAUGCGAUGCAAUUUUGGCUGUUCUUGCCCCUGGUCAUUGAUUAUUUUUGGUUGCUGUUUGUUCAUGCCAACUUUCUACCAGAAAAAAGCUUGAUCCAUUGGAGACAUACGUACCUGCUGUUAUCUUGACGCAGGCACAGUUCAAAUACUUGGGUAAUGUCCUCUUACUUCCUCUGCAAUUCAUCUUUGUAUUCAUAAACUUUAGAAAUUUAAACAAGGCUACGGUUAACGAAUAAGAUUAUGAAUUAUAUAGUCAUUUAUUUCGGGUGACGAAGCAUGGAAAUAAACAAAAAUCAUUUGAUGAACCUAUGCCAUUGAUGUACGUUCAUCCAUUCUGUCGUUUCAGAUCAACUUCUGUUUUGGCAAUUGGACUAAAUAUGGGUGGACAGACAUGAAUCUGGAACAGAUUAUCUCCCCUUGUUUAUUUAUGAAAAUCCCAAGAGCAGAAAAUGGCUCACUAUUGGCCCUUUGUUAGGAGUAUCUUUUGUCAGGUUUAUUCCUGUUGCCAGAUAGUUGUGAUUUGAUGCGCUGGGGACCAAUGCCCGUUUCUCUUGCCUAUUUAUUAUGUUGCCAGCGAAGUUUAAUUUGGUUUAAUUCAACAGAUUUAUCUCGUUUCAUUGUUAAAAUGAACAACUUAUUGGGAUUCUAUCUGAUAAAAUUUCCAUUUUAUCUUGGAUUUCUUCUAUAUGAUUCAUAUUCAACAGCAGGGUUUUCUGGCUACAAAGUUUUUAAGAAUAUCAUUUUCAAGCUCUCCAUCAGUUAAUAAAAACUAUCAAUCUUUCACUAGUACUUUCCCUGGAAUAUUUUUUUCGUUCUCCCACUUAUUAUGUUUCCUUUGAGGAUUCAGUUUCAUUUAACAUAUUUAUCUUGCUUGGUCAUCAUUAACUUAAAAAGAAAACUUCAUGGCAUAAGAUCUAUCGGAUUAAUCCACUAUUUUAUCUAUAAUUUCCAUAUGUUUCACUUUUCAAUGCGAGAUUUUUUCAAACUCUUUAUUCGUCAACCCGUGACAGUUCAGAAAAACUAUCAUUCUUUCCCGGAUUUUUUAUGAUAAACAUGCUUGAACUCGAAAGAGCAUUUUCCUUCGAUGCCUAAGAAAGUUCGAGCUAUUCUAAAUCUUCAAACGUGCGCAGAGACAUCCUUGGAUCUUGAGAAGCCAGAAUAUGAUAUCACCAGAUCUCUGCUGCGUUCUGGCCCUGCAGCGUCUCUGCGCAUAAAUAUUCGUGCGGUAUGCCUUCUUCUCUUAGAUUUCUAUGAUUGUUUUUCCUUUCCUUAUAUAGCAUUCCAUCAAAAGCCAUUCAUAUUUUGCUGGGUUUGGCUGAAAUUUGGGAAAGACGGCACGUAGAGCAAAUAGAGAUUACAACUUGUUUUUCCUCCUCUCCCAUCACAUGCAAUCUGUUCUUUCUUGUCCAUAUUAAUCGCCCUCUCCCUCCCAUCUCCUUUUCUCUUCCUCAUUCCUCAUCUCUCUUCCUCCCUCUCUCCCUACAUCAGAUUCGUCCUGAUCUCCUUUCCCCUCAUCUCUCUAUCUCCCAUUUCUCCCUCUCUCCCCAGUUUCCUCUCUGCAAUUCUUCUCAUUGUUUUUACCCAGACAGUUCUCCAAGAUCAACCACAUCACUGAAAAACAUCUACCAUGGAAAGGUAUUGGCAGGGUAGAAAUAAAGGGGAAAAGAAAAGAGGCUCAGUAUUUAUGUAGCUGAAUUUUCUUCGGAAUUAUAACAGAUGGCCCAGUACGCAUCAGAGGAUGGUAAGGGCAAGGCAGCGACCGAUGCUGUUGACCAGUGCCUCAGGUGAGAUCUUCCUAUUCUGGAGCCCUUCUCCACCGGGUCAACCUCCAAAGCCCCCCUCUUCUUCUUCAGGGCUUAUUUUAUUUGACUAAGAAGCUCUUCGAUUUAUUCAGGGCGCUGGAAGAUCUCGACUCACUGCUACUCCAUGCCUCAAGGAAUGAUUCCUCUGCCUCUGUUGGAGUGAUGAGGCAGAAAAUAAACACGGCUCUAGUCGCAUUGGACAAGUGAGUUCUCAUUUUUCCCAUCAUGGAUAUUACAACUUGAAUAUGAAAAAUCUGGCCCAACAUCUGGCCCUUCUCUCUCUCUCUCUCUCUCUCUCUCUCUAGAUCUAAAGCUCUUCUCUUCUGGUUGUAGCCUGCUGGAGACUGUCCCAGCUGCAGUGCUGGACAAGGGGAAGAUCAUUGCGGACUCAUACCUGACCCACGUGGACCCCACGGAAGGAAGUAGGGCCGAGCUGCCGGACAGAGACGUAGAGCAGCUGAAGGCGCUGCUGUAG